AUGAAAAGAAGAUCUCAAUUGAAUGCUUCAAAAUAUGAAGAUUCUGCAUCAGAUACCAACAGUGAUGAGAUAAUGGUGCAUGAAGCAGAUUCCAUUGCACAUAGCAACGACGAUACUGUUGCUUUGAGAAUAGAGAAUUCAUUGGCCAAUGAAGAAGAUAACAACAAUGAAGAAGAUAACAAUGAUGAAGAAGACAACCAUGAAGAAGAUAGAACUGCAGAAGAUACUCAGAUAAAGGAAGUACAUGUAGAUACAUCUACAGAUGGUGAUGAUGCUGAAGAUGAUACUGAAGAAGAUGAUGAUGAUAAUGAUUUGGAUAAUACCAAUUCUAGAGAAAAUCCAGCUUACGAACAGCAGACAGAACCAUUACCAAGGAGAUCUCAGAGAGCAAAGAAAACAACAUCAUGGAUUACAAGUGGCGAUUAUAUAGUAAAUCAACAGGUAUUAACAAAACAACCAGAUUGGAAGAUAAGAGCAGACUACCUUCAGACAUUAGUCUCUAGUGAUGUUUUUAACUCUAAAAAUAGCAAAGAACUUAUAGAAAAGACUCUACUACAGAUCAUUUCUGGUAGACAUUAG